UUUGACCGUCCAGUAGCCAAAGAAGGGCGUUCGUUUCCCAUGCCCUAACAAGACCCCCAUCAUUAGAGAGAGAGAGAGGGGGAGAGGGGGAUCUUUGCUGGCAUGGCGAUCCUCUACGCGGUGGUCGCGAGGGGAACGUCGGUGCUCGCGGAGUUCGCCGCCGUGACCGGCAACGUCGGCGCCGUCGCACGCCGGAUCCUCGAGAAGCUGCCGCCGGACUCCGAUUCCAGGCUCUGCUUCUCCCAGGAUCGCUACAUCUUCCACGUCCUAAGAUCUGAUGGGAUCACCUUCCUCUGCAUGGCCAACGACACCUUCGGGAGUGAGUCCAAGGCCAAGACAGAUGAGAUUGAUGAAGUCCUAAUAAGACCUGGGUAUAGAGCAGGGCUGAGGGUCUUCAUCUGCUAUGUUGUAGGGAGGGUUCCUUUUCUAUAUUUGGAGGACAUUCACAUGAGAUUCAUGAAAAAUUAUGGGAGAGUUGCUCAUUCUGCACUAGCUUAUGCAAUGAAUGAUGAGUUCUCUAGAGUUCUACAUCAGCAGAUGGAAUUCUUCUCAAGCAACCCAAGUGCAGAUACACUUAACCGUGUGCGUGGUGAAGUUAGUGAGAUACACACUAUCAUGGUGGACAAUGUUGAAAAGAUAUUGGACAGAGGUGAUCGUAUUGCACUUCUUGUUGAUAAAACUGCUACGAUGCAAGACAGUGCUUUUCAUUUUAGAAAGCAGUCCAGGCGCCUUCGUCGAGCUCUCUGGAUGAAAAAUGCGAAGCUUUUAGCCGUGUUGACACUAGCGAUUGUGCUGCUGCUCUAUGUGAUAAUAGCAGCUUGCUGUGGCGGCAUCACUCUCCCAUCAUGUAGAUCAAGAUAAGUUGUUAUUAUACUUGAGGUGGAGCAUGUUGCUUGCGGAAAUUUUAGGAGUCAGAUAUGUGGGUUUCCCAAUUUGUAUUGAUGUCGUGAUUAUGUGGUAUGCGCUUUGAAUAGUAUUAACACCCUGGUGUUUAUUAUAUAUGUGGGUUAUAAUCUGUUUUCUCA